AUGGACGGGGUGCCUGUGGCUAUCGUGGGGCUCUCGUUCCGCUUUGGCGGAGAGGCCUCAUCAACUGAUGGCUUUUGGGACAUGAUCACAGCUGGCCGUUGUUCAAGAGCACCAGUCCCUCAGUCGAGAUUCAACGCCGAUGCAUUCUAUCACCCAGACACAAACCGGUUGGAGGCCUUACCGGUCAACCAGGGCAAUUUUAUCACAGAGGACAUUGCGGCCUUUGACGCCCCCUUCUUCUCAAUCCGUGCUGCGGAGGCGGCAGCAAUGGAUCCUCAAUCCCGCAAGCUCUUAGAAGCAACCUAUCGAGCUCUGGAGAAUGCUGGCAUUCCCAUCGAGCGCUGCGCCGGCACCAAGACUUGCGUAUUUACCGGCGUAUCGUCAGACGACUACCGUCUGAUGUACAACAAGGAUACGAGCCACCCCAUCCGGCACGCGGCCACGGGUAUGGCAAUGUCCAUGCUCGCCAAUAAGAUCAGCUGGUUUUACGACUUCAAGGGUCCCAGCGUGCAACUGGAUACAGCCUGCUCCGCCAGCUUGAAUGCGCUACAUCUUGCCUGCCGGAGUAUUAGGUCCGGCGAAUCCGAGAUGGGCAUUGUCGGAGGAGCCAAUCUCUUCUUUGCGCCACAGUCCAUGUCGCCGCUUGCGCACCUUAAUUUCUUUUCUCCAGAUGCGACAUGCCAUAGCUUUGACGCCCGCGCCAACGGCUACUGCCGCGGCGAGGGUUUCGGGGUACUUGUGUUGAAGCCUCUUGCGAAGGCGUUGGCUGACGGUGACCCAAUCCGAGCUGUGAUCAGAGCGACGGGGUCCAACGAAAAUGGUAGAUCCGUAGGAGGCAUCACCAAAGUUAGUUUCGACGCACAGCAGUCCCUCGUGGCGUCAACCUAUCGCUCAGCCAACCUCGAUCCCAGCCUGACGAGGUAUGUGGAAGCUCAUGCUCCAGGGACAGAAGGAGAUCAGGUUGAAACAAGAGCACUAGCAUCCAUAUUCAAGGACCAUCGUUCUCCUGAUGAUCCUCUCUAUAUGGGGUCAGUGAAAGCUAAUUUGGGACAUUUGGAAGGCACGAGUGGAAUUGCUAGUCUGGUCAAAGUUGUGAUGAUGUUAGAAAGAAGCAUCAUCCCUAAAAUCGCAAACUUUGAGACGCUCCAUCCAAACAUCUCAGGCACGGAAUGGAACAUGGCCUUUCCCAAAGAGACCAUUCAGUGGCCUGAGGGAGUUAGACGGGCAUCCAUCAACUCCUUUGGCUUUGGUGGCGCAAACGCUCACGUAGUGAUUGAGGACGGUGACCAUCACGUUCUUGCCGCGACGGCCUUGAAGCCUCGCCCUUCUGGGGAAGAUGCCCUUGUUAAUGGUGCAUCCGAUGGCGUUGAUAAUGAACGAUGCAAUGGGACGAACGGGGUGGUAGUCAAUGGCGUUGGGAAGACAGAUUCCAUGCUCCUCCUCGUGUGGUCCGCGGCAGAUGAGCAAGGAUUGGAACGAAUGCGAGUUGAGUAUUCCUCGUACUUGGAGAAGAACACGGCCACUGAUAUGAGAAAACUUGCUUUCACUCUUUCGGCACGGCGGACGCAAUUGCCAUGGAAAUCUUUCAUGGUUGCCCGCGACAAGCCCAGUUCGCUUGAACUAUCCAAACCAAUUCGUUCAAUCAAGGAUCCAAAGCUGGCGUUUGUGUUUACUGGCCAAGGAGUACAGUGGGCAAAUAUGGGCACCCAGUUUCUAGGAAACCCCUGCUUUCGUCAAAGCCUUAGCCGGCUUGAAGAAUAUUUCAAGGAGCUCGGCGCAAGCUGGGACCUGGAAGAGGAACUUUCGAAAAGUGCCGACGAGAGUCGACUCGACAGUGCAGAGUUUUCUCAACCUAUCUGCACUGCCAUUCAGAUCGCCAUGGUCGAUCUUCUCCGGUCGUACGGCGUGCGGCCGUCCCUAGUUGUUGGCCACUCCUCGGGCGAGAUCGCGGCAGCUUACGCAAGUGGUGCCAUAUCUGCACGGAGCGCCUGCCGGGUCGCCUUCUACAGAGGCAAAGUUAUUUCAGAGCACUUUUCAACGCUGGAUGAGGACUUCGGUAUGCUUGUGGUUGGGUUGCCAGUGUCCGAAGUAGAGUCGAUUCUGGAGCACAAUAUGGAAACCUUGGGACUCUCUCGUGUUGCCAUCGCGUGCAUCAACUCUCCCAAAAAUGUGACUCUAAGUGGACCGUUGCGUCCAUUGAAGGCCUUGAAGAGCUUGCUUGAGGUUGACGGUACAUUUCUACGUAUUCUGGCUGUUCCGGCACCAUAUCAUUCUCCAAUCCUCAACGAUGUUGCGGACAUGUAUGCGUCUCUUCUAAAUGACCUUGAGCCAGGAUCACAGGGUGCUGAAAGUCCUCAAAUGGUUUCCUCAGUCACGACUAAAUUGAUAGACCGUGAUACGCCACGCCAAGGAAGCUACUGGGUCAACAAUCUUGUUUCGACAGUCAAGUUUGAACCCGCUAUAGCAACUCUUCUUCAACAGCAGCCUCUCCACGCGUUAGUUGAGGUAGGGCCUACCGGAGCUCUUCGAAGUGCCAUCCGGGACACCAUGUCUACAAUUCCGACUACGCCCUCAUCAAUGUAUUUUAAUAUCAUGGAUAAGAAGAAUGUUUCGUUGGAUCGUAUCUUCGACACUCUCGGUCAUUUGCACAGCAUAGGUUUCCCCAUUGACCUUGAAGUUGUGAACAGAAUCAGCGACAAUGACAAGGAGUGUCUGAUCGAUCUUCCCGAAUAUCCAUUUGAUCAUUCCAAAACAUACUGGCACGAGAGUCAAGUCAGCCGCGACCACAGAUUUCAGAAGCAUGCAAGGAAUGAUCUUCUUGGAUCGCGGAUCCUCAAUUGGAACCCUCUGGCACCUCGCUGGCGCAAUAUGAUUCGCACUCUUGAAAACCCCUGGAUAGAGGAUCACAAGAUCGCGGGAGCUUUGAUCUAUCCUGGCGCGGGAAUGAUUGUGAUGGCUAUUGAAGCUGCAGCCCAGUAUGUCUCUGACAUCGACACGAGACGUCCUGCAGGAUUCUUGUUGAAGGACGUGACGUUUGUAUCAGCUCUCAAUAUUGCCUCACCCGAAGUAGGCGCAUCGACUGAGAUCGGUCUUAUACCGAUUGAUCCAAAUACCAGCAACAGUGCCAACUCUAGGCAAUUCUCAUUCCAGAUAACACUUCUCGACGGAGAACAAUGGCGCGAAGUUUGUACGGGCAAAAUAACCAUAAAAAUGACGCACGAGAGCUCCUCAAAGCACAUGAAGGCAGAGAAUAAGCUUCUUGAGGAACGUCGGCGACAACAGACGCUCGACCAGCUCGGGGCCUGCCGAGCGGAAAUCCGAAGACAGAAGCUCUACGGUAGAUUUAGAGAGACCGGUUUGGAAUUUGGGCCUACAUUCCAAGUAUUCGAUGAUGUCAAAUACGACUGGAGAGGUGGUCUAGCCUCAGCGCGCAUUCGGCUUGAUAACUGGAAGUUGAAAGGAAAGCCUGAGCACGCUACGCCGCACUUCAUCCACCCAACAGCUCUUGAUGGCGUGCUUCAGCUUCCGGUGGUCAGUCUUGGGGCGGGUGUUGGCCAACCUGUGCCUACGAUGGUUCCUAGUCAAUUGGAAACCCUCUGGAUUGAUGCGGACAUUCUGUCCCAUGCUGUAUCAUCGAAGCAUGUUCAAGCUGUAUCUAAGGCGGACUACCUGGGCUUCCGUAACACCAAGUCGGAGAUCUCGGUUCUCAGCAUGGAAGACUCACACGUGGUAUUGUUUGCUGAGGGGCUCGAGACUAUUAUUAUCGGCGGAGAGGCGGUUAGCGAUGAGGAAAAGAAGGGACAACCCUUCUACAACAUGUCAUGGAAGCUUGAUAUCGAGGGUAUGAGUCCAGGAGAGUUGCAGAAGUACUGCACGUCGAACUUGCCAACGACACCCGCUUCCAAAGCGCAUAAUCCACUUUCAAAAUUCAUGAGUCUAGUGCUACAUCACAAUGUCAACACACGGAUGCUUGAAGUGGCUCCUGAGGAAUGUGAAGAUAUUUCUCAUUUUCCUCUUUGGAAUCUACUCAAAGAUUUCGAAGGCCCAGCUGGGUACUACGACCUGGCGACGCGAAAUAGAAUCAAGGAUCGACCGAUCGAAGACACCGUCAAGGAAGGGAGUAUGAAUGAAUCGACCAUACUUGACCUUGAAGACCUGUUUCAACCUGGUCUCGACGCCAUGCCAAAACCACGUUAUGACUUAAUCUUUACCCCCUGGAAUGGACAAGACCUAGAUAAGCAUCUGUCUGACUUAGCCCCUCUUGUCAGAGCCCGUGGCAGAAUCAUUUUCUUAGCAGCUUCGACACCAAAUAUCAUCAAUCUCCAAGCUAUAGAUGGGUCAUUCGAGAAAGAGCUGGAGUUGGAAUGGGACGGGAAGCUUCUGACGUCCUAUAAACCAGUCGCUGUGACGCCCCCAGUGGUAGAAGAAAGGCCGAUUUCCGUCAUUCUGGCCCCAAAUCCAUCUUUUAGGGCAUCAAAUCUAGCAAAGGCAGUUUUUGAGUCUUUCAUUAACAAUGGCUAUACCAGGACGAAAUUCCAAUUGUGGGAUGAAGCACAAGUGGCACCCUGCAACGAUGAGCAUACUAUUUUUAUAUCCGGCUUCAACUCUGAUCGUCCUUUUGACACUGGUCUAGGGAUUUUUAGCGCCCUCAAGCUUCUCUGUUCGACGAGAAACAGUAUCUUGUGGGUGUCAUCUGAGUCUGAUUGUUCAUCAGACGCAAUCGCGGCAGGUCUGACCCGGAGCGUUCGAAAUGAACGUCCAGAUAUCAAUCUCACCACGCUCACUCUUGAUAUUCCAGCUCUUGGCGCUGAUCAACCUAGAUCGAAUGCCUUGGGCGCAAUUAUGAGAGUGUUCAGGAAGCAUACCACGCCGUUCGAGACAAAAGAGACUGAAUAUUCCUGGCCUUCAGAUGGGGAUACGAAUUCACUACUGACCCCACGACUCUCCUUUUCACCAGCCAUCUCUUCCUACGUGAACGAAAAAUCCCACAAGCAAAAGAUAGUGCAGAGGAAAUUCAUCUGCCCCGGUGCAGAAAAUAUCAAGUUGACAAUUACUACGCCAGGUCUAUUAGAGACACUGACCUUCGUGCCAGACCCAACGGCACAAACCGCCCCUCAGUCUAAUGAGGUUCUCAUCCAGCCAGCAUACACUGGCCUGAAUUUCCUCGAUGUUCUCACAGCACUAGGACGUAUUCCUCAAAUUUCAGUUCUUGGUGUAGAAGCAGCAGGGACGGUCACAGCCGUCGGCACAUCUGCUGAUCUUCGAGUUGGCGAUCGUGUUGUAGUACUUACUGACGGCACAGUGAGGUCCUGUGUUCGUGCAGACUACCGUACGGCAGUCAAGAUACCUGACGGUCUAUCUAUGCGCGAUGCGGCCAGCAUGCCAGGAACCGCGUGUACUGUUUACCGUGCGCUAGUGGACGUCGCUGGUCUUCAGCCAGAUGAAAAGGUCUUGAUCCACGCGGGAGCUGGAGCAACUGGACAGAUGGCCAUCCAGCUAGCCCAGCAUAUCGGUGCCGAGGUGUUCGUCACCGUGGGCAGCGACGCGAAGAGGCAGCUUAUUGCUACGACGUACGGGAUUCCGGACAACCAUAUCUUCCACACGCGCGAUGUCAGCUUUGUGACAGGCAUGAAGCGUGUCACCAAUGGUUAUGGAGUUGAUGUUGUGCUGAACAGUCUGUCUGGCGAGUUACUCGAGGCCGGUUGGACCGAAUUGAUGGCACCAUUCGGCCGCUGGGUUGAGCUGGGCAAGAAGGACAUAUUGGACAAUCGUGGCCUAAGCAUGAGGCCGCUUCUGAAUAACAUCUCCUUCUCAUGUGUUGAUCUCAGUGGAAUCUGGCGUCAUAAACCUGCGCUUAUGAGAAGGCUGCUGAAUGAUGUGUUUAGGCUCGUAUCUGAGGGCGCCAUCGAGCCUGUGGCCCCUCUUACUGAGUUUGGUGUUGGGAAGGUAGAGACAGCUUUCAGAAGUCUUCAAAGCGGAAGAAUUGGCGGCAAGGUGGUCAUCAACAUGGACGAAGAAGAAGAGGUGACAGUCAAAUUCCAACCCGAGAAGACGUGGGCUUUCAAGCCGAACCGCAGCUAUCUUCUCGUUGGUGGGUUUGGAGGCAUUUCUCGAAGCGUGGCGAGGUGGAUGGUGAAGAGGGGAGCAAGAAAUCUGAUUCUACUAUCGCGUACGGGUGCUAAUGUGCACCCAAAUCGACUAGCUCUGAUAGAAGAGCUACGAGGGUCCGGUUGCAUGGUAGAAGUGUUGGUCUGCGAUGUAUCCGACCACAGAAGUCUGGAGAUAAGGCUUCAAAGCUGUCAGCAAAAGCUAGGUCCUAUCGCUGGAUGCAUUCAAUCCAGCAUGGUGCUCAAGGACCAAUAUUUCAAGAAUAUGAGCGAAGAGGAGUGGAGGGUGAGCACCACUUCAAAGAUUGCCGGCUCGUGGAACCUUGAUCGUCUGCUGCCCAACGGCCUCGACUUCUUCAUUUUCUUCUCCUCGCUUGUAGGAGUUGUUGGUGGCGAAGGGCAGGGGAAUUAUAGCGCGGGCAAUGCUUUCCAGGACUCUCUGGCACUCAGCAGGGUUCGAAGGGGGCAAAAGGCCGUUUCCUUCGACCUGGGAAUGGUUGUCGGCGAGGGCGCUGUGGCAGAAGAUGAGCACUUGGCGCGCACUUUGGAAAGCUUUGGGUGGUACGAACCCACGACAAUGCGUGAGCUUGGGAUGCUGCUUGAGCGUUAUUGCGAUCCAGAGCUACCGCUUUUGAAACCAGAGGAAGCCCAGGUGGUUCUAGGCAUUCGCUCCCCCGCUGCUCUGCAAGCUGGGGGCUACGCUAUUCCAAAGUGGAUGGCACACCCAAUGUUCAAGACCAUGUACCAUGAAACGCGCGGUACCAAGGCCACCUCGGGAUCCGAUACGGCCCAGCAAGAUCGGAAUAGCUUCAAGACGUCCAAAUCUUUGCACGAAGCCGGGGCAAUAGUGGUUCAGGCCCUAACAAAGAAGCUUUCGCAUGCCCUCGGUAUUCCGAUUUCAGAUGUAGAUGCAUCACGGGCCGUCCAUUUAUAUGGCGUGGAUUCGCUCAUUGCGCUCGAGUUGAAAAAUUGGUUCACGAACGAGUACAAGGCAGACAUCACCGUUCUUCAAAUUCUCAGUAACAUCACUCUUGAGCAACUUGGAUUGAAAGUCGCGGAGGAAAGCAGCUUUACCAAAGCGUUGAAUGUAUGA